GACUGUGAACCACUCCGUUUAUUAAUAAUUCAUCAGCCCUCCGCUUCUCCGGCCGCGAUCCACUGCUGCGCCUCCGCGCGUUCUGGGCCGCCACAGCACUUUUUUUCCGGGUUUAUUACACUUUAACAGCUGUUAACUCCAACUAUUUCAUUCACUCGUCAUAUGUACCGGGAUUAGCGUAUACAUAUGCGCGUUCUUGUGAAGUCGCCUGGCAUAGUGAUAUGAUCAAGUAUCACCUCUCUCCAAAACUUGCAACAUCUAUGGUGCCAGAUCUGGUACUAGUUGUGGUCUCCUUUUUAUCUCGAGUAAAUAUGGGAAUUGAAGAACAAGCGAAGAAGAACCAAAGGGAAUUCCAUUUUUGUAUUGUUUUUUUAUUAGGAGGACCAGAGGAUGAGGAUAACACAGAGUUCCUUUGAGGCACACAGAAACAACAGCUGAUUUGUGAGCGCGUAAGUAGAGUCUACUUACUGUCGGCCCCUUGCAAAGAGAGACCUCUGCUCUGUUACUUGGGAGCUGACGAUACGCUAGCUUCGUGCACGGAUUUGCCUCACUUGGGUAUUCGGUGAACAGAGCGGACGGAAGGGAUGGCGCACUGACAGGCGACCAGAGCAAGUCCUCACAGCUCCGACAACCGCCGCCCGUGUUUUUAUGGAAGUCCCACGCGUGAAUAGCGGACAUAAACACCCCGAAUGAAGCCGGGAAGUGGUUGACUUGGAUAAGCCGUCUCCUUACCCUUUCCCUGUUGGAGGAGAACAGUAAAACUACAAUUUAAAAAAAAAAAAUGUUCACCGGGCCACAGGCCGUCCCGUAUUAGGGUUAUUUUGCUUCCGGUAUCAGAAGAAACGAGUAGAUUUCUCUCUCCUACACUUUUUUUGGAAGCUGAACUUUUUUAGAGUUGAAAAUGGGCAUUUGAGACUGUUGGCACAUUUCCCUGCUCCACAAUGGCCACCGAAACCUUUCUGGUGAAUGAAGACCCCUCCAGAGGUCCUGGGAUGCCUGAAUGCUUUGUAGUAUCAGAUUCCUACAGGUAUUGCACUACUCACCUUCUAAACAAUCCAUUAGUGGAUGAAUUUCAUCCCUUCAUCGAGGCCCUUCUCCCCCAUGUCCGUGCCUUCUCCUACACCUGGUUCAACCUGCAGGCACGCAAACGCAAGUACUUCAAGAAGCACGAGAAGAGGAUGACAAAGGAUGAAGAACGCGCAGUGAAGGACGAGCUGCUGGGUGAGAAGCCCGAGAUCAAGCAGAAGUGGGCGUCGCGGCUGCUGGCCAAGCUCCGAAAGGACAUCCGGCCCGAGUUCCGUGAGGACUUUGUGCUCACCAUCACAGGCAAGAAGCCCCCCUGUUGUGUUCUCUCCAACCCCGACCAGAAGGGCAAGAUCCGCCGUAUCGACUGUCUCCGCCAGGCCGACAAGGUGUGGCGGCUGGACCUGGUGAUGGUCAUCCUGUUCAAGGGCAGCCCCCUGGAGAGCACGGACGGAGAGCGGCUGGUUAAGUCGCCCCAGUGCGCGAACCACGGCCUGUGCGUCCAGCCCCACCACAUCGGCGUGUCUGUCAAGGAGCUCGACCUCUACCUGGCCUACUUCAUCCACUCACCAGAAUCCGGACAAUCAGACAGCUCAAACCAGCAAGGAGACACAGACAUCAAGCCACCGCCCAAUGGACACUUGAGUUUCCAGGACUGCUUUGUGACUUCAGGGGUGUGGAACGUGGCUGAGCUGGUCCGAGUGUCACAGACUCCAGUGGCCACAGCGUCCGGCCCCAACUUCUCCCUGGCCGACCUGGAGAGUCCCGGCUACUACAAUAUCAACCAGGUGGCCCUGGGGCGACGCUCCAUCACCUCCACCCCCUCCACCAGGACUGAAAUGGAGCUUUAUGCAAGUCUCCCACGGAGCUCCAACAAGCGCAAGUCCAUCGACGACAGUGAGAUGGAGAGCCCGGUGGACGAUGUCUUCUACUCGGGCCGCUCCCCUGCGGCCGGCAGCAGCUCCCAGUCCAGUGGCUGGCCCAACGAUGUGGACGCAGUGCAGCACCAUUUGGCCAGUGUGCAAGAGAGGAAGAUAAAGCAUGAAAACGAUGGCGUGCAGUUUCCUUACCAUGGACUCUCCUCGCCUGGUUCUCUUAAGAAGCCGGGGAAAUUCGAUUUCAGCGCCCUGUCGCAGCAGACGAGGUCGCCUCGCAUGGUGUUCACCCACCACCCGCUGCCAAUGCUGGCGGGAGUGAGACCAGGGAGCCCCCGUGCCUCAGCCUCUGCCCUGCACUUUCCCUCCCCCUCCAUCAUCCAGCAGUCCAGCCCGUACUUCACCCACCCCACCAUUCGCUACCACCACCAUCCUGGGCAGGACCCCCUGAAGGAAUUUGUGCAGUUUGUCUGCGCUGAUGGCUCGGGACAGUCUGGCGGCCAGCCAAACGGGAGCGGCCAGAGCAAAAUGCCGGGCUCCUUCUUGCUGCCUCCACCUCCCCCAGUGGCCCGCCCAGUGCCCCUCCCCAUGUCCGACUCUAAAUCCAGCAGCACGCCUCCCGACGGCGGACUGACCUCGCCCACAUCUCCGUCUUACUCCACGUCAGGGGCCCCAGCUCCCAACAGGUUUGUCAGCAUCGGAUCACGGGACAACAACUUUCUGAACAUCCCGCAGCAGACACAGUCUUGGUUCCUCUGACAUGACCUGUCUGCAAACCAGCGACUAGAAUCUUUCUUUACAAUUGGGAAUUGAAACAUGGAAAACAGAAAAAUAACCCACAGGAAAUUGCCCAACGAUCCUUAUGUCUCACAUAAAAAGUAAAGCAACCCAGGAAAUCUUAGCAUGAUACUAGUAGUGAAACUCUGGACCCAAUUACCUAAACAGACGGAACCCCCCAUUUUUAAGACGGGAGGAUCAUAGGAUUUGGGAGAGGCAGAGGACAAGCAGUCAUCUCUCACAUCCAGCAAAACACGGCAACACAAAAAGAGGAACCUGAAGAGAAAAUUGGUCACCUUCUACUUCGGAACAAGGACACAUUGUGCAAUGGCUGGGAAAAGCAACUGUUCAACAGUCAGAAAAAAACUGAUGUAGGAGUGGGGAUUGAAAUUGAAGGGACAUCAAAUCACUCUCUUGAAGGCACAAAACACGCCAUCAUUUAAAUGUGGUACGCUCCCCACUGUCAAAUCACCCACAAAACAAACCCAUUAGGUUCCAGUGAAAUACGUAGCAGUCUAUGCUACUGUGAUGUCUCCCUGUCACUCAACACACUGUCAAUUCACCAAUAUUUCCCAGUCUUAUAACCAUUGACCUAAUCAGCCCCACUACUAACAAGACAGAAACCAUGCCAAAACAUUUCCUAAAGGUUGCACUACAAGCUGAAUUAACACUAAUCUCAUGUCCACUAUUACACCUACAUGGCAUGGGGGGGAAACAGGCUUACCUAUGAUUGUAUUAUUAUUAUUAGUGAAAGAGAAAAAAAAAUGGAUAUGAGAAGUCUCAGCCCACAGUUCAGCAACACAAGGCCUCCACUCUAACCAGCAUCCCAGCAGAAGAACCCAAACCCAAGUAAAGCAAAAUGCCCAGUUCACUCUUGCAAAACUACAACCGUGACAAUAAUCAAGUGCUAAGUAUAUCCACUUUCAUUUGAAUGAUGAAUGCCAUUUGUAACAUACAUACACAUAUAUAUAUAUAUA